GAUAGGAGGCUUGUAGUUAGGGAGUUGCUGUGUCAGCAGAUGGGGUUUGUGCCUGCAGAUAUACUGGCAGUCAUCAACCUCCCAGACAGACAGGGGUAUGAUGUCAGCUUUAAGCUCAUGUUUGACUUAGACAGGUUCAGGGCCAAUUUCAGUAAGUUUCAGGACAAAGAGGGGUGGAAGAAUUUCAUCUUCAUCCUCAUCUCUAAACCUGACACAGCAAAUGUUAGCAUCAUUUCUGGAAUGAGUCUGUGCCCCCCCCCCCCCCCCCAGGAUAUUGUAGUCUGGCUCAGAAGACAUUGU